CCGAGACUAACAGUGGAGAGCUUCGCAAGAGGCUAAGCCUUGGUCUUGGCAGACAACAGUCCACCUAUACACGUCCAUGAUCUGAGUGGCGAGCCAGUUCGAUACCCGUGUACCGCAGCUCACUCCCCUGCCCCCAGUCGAUCUACUGACGAGAAUGGUUACCUGACUCCAAAGAAGGUUGGAGAAGGUAAGGCAGCGAGGCUCCUAGCGACAGGAAAGACCUUCUCUACUCCUUUUUCUACUAUACUCCUACUGUCUACUCCAUUUCUUGACUUCUACUUCUCUUUUCAACACCCUUUAUUCUACUCUCCAUCUUCUGCAGCAUCUUUCCUACCCCAACUUGUUUUACACUUUCAUUUUUAUUCUCCCUCUCUUUUACUUCUUACGCUUCUUCACUUCCAUCCCUCCUCUCUAGGUCUGUGUGUCACACCUUAUUGAAUAUCUACUUGUAGGAGCGUCUACAUGUGGUAAUGUGAGUGAGUAUCCUGUAUACCCUGUAUUCCGACACCCGUAGAUACCCACACAUUUUAUUAUUGCUUGACACGUAUGGCAAACAACUCUGAGUGGAUCGCGAUUAUGAACAGACGACAGAGGUUGAAGACGUGUAUGAUCACUAUGAUAACCGGUUUAUUGUUACUUUCAGGUAUUUGUUUAUUUAUUGUAAACCCCACACUUAUCUUCAAGGUCCCCACAACUCUAGUCAGAAGCUCGUCCCUACACUAUCGGCGACACCAAAGGACCUUCUGACUCAGUGACAUUACCUGCAUUCAUGACAUGCACAGGUGUCCUCUGCUCACGGCGCAUGCGCAGAGCUGCACAUUUAUCACCUGGUUCCGAGCGUUUUUACCUGCAGCGGUUAUCGGAAGGCGCGAAGCUCGACAGGACGACGAGACCGACUGGUGGUGGGUGACAUCCGACAUUUGACAGGUUGCUGGUGGUGAGAGCUUGGCACCUAUUACUUAUACAGCAAUGGCAAGCAGGAGGUAAAAGGAGUACAUUGCUGCAAGUAAACCAGACAACUGCGGACAUCACUCGACAAGACAAACCGGAUCAUUUCUUAACAGGAGGUUAGACUGACAGAAUGUAUUUUCCCAGCAGGCAAUGUGCAUGCCGAUGAUACUCGUUUAAGUAAAGGCGAGGAGACAUGCAUUACGAAAGAUUCAGCGAGAAAGAAAGUGGAGGGUCGACUCCAGCCAUCGAGGGACGUGGACGAGCAACCAGACACCGGGUGUUUGCUCCUCACACCAAAGCUGCCAAAGAGCAAAAACAAAAUCCAGAUUAUAUGUCAGAGCGAGAACUUGGCAGUUCAAGGUUUGGUGGCUCGGCAACAAACACCUCCUUGUGCCCCGAUCCCAGUAAUUAUGAUAAUGACAUGCUCUCUCACAGUCCGCGGCACAAAGAGCAGCCAGUAGCGGGUGCUAAGACACGUGACAGACACACUGUGGAUGCUGAGAAUGAUGGGACAUAUCCCUGUGACAGUCGACCUGAGUUCUUGGCCACUAGACAACGUCCCUCAGGUCACAUGGACUGUGUUUCCCGUGAAGAUGAAGAUCUACGAAGAGCGAGAGAAGAUUCGUUACACAGUCGAACUUCCAGAAACGAACGUUUCUCCAACAGUCAAAUGAAAACGGUGGAGAGACAGGGGCGAGAAUUUUCUCCGCUGGAGGUCGCAGCUUCCGGAACUGGAAAACGUUCUGCAGUUGGACAGGAAACGCGAACUGACGCACACACACCUGUGACGCAUCGUGACAGUGACGUCAGUUCCGGUCCUUCUGACGGGCUGCUCGUGGGCAACAGAGGUCAGGAGGACAACGACGAUCUGGCGGACCUCCCGGAGAUCGAUGACAUCAUCCUGUUGCAGCAGGUGGAGAAACGGUUCCGCAGCAACCAGCCUUACACCUACAUUGGGGACACGUUGGUGGCAGUUAAUCCCUGCAGAGACCUGUCUAUCUACACCCAAGAGUACCACGACAACUACAGCGACCUCCGCGUCAGGUGCAGUCUACCCGCCCACAUAUUCUGGGUGGCUGACCAGACGUACAGGAACAUGCUGUCCACAACACGUGACCAGUGUGUGGUGGUGGGCGGAGAAUCUGGUGCUGGCAAGACAGAGAGCACCAAGCUCAUCUUGAAGCACCUGGUGUACACAGAGAGGCACCACCAGGGGCCCUCUCUCGGGGCUUCAGACAUUAUCUCCAGACUAGAAACGGUCAGCCCCCUUCUGGAGAUUUUCGGGAAUGCGGCCACAACACUAAAUGAGAAUUCCAGUCGUUUCGGAAAGCUUGUAGAGCUGGAGUAUGACGACAGGCAAAUCAAAUCAGCUCGAAUCGAGGGCUUCCUCUUGGAGAAAUACCGCGUGACCAACCGAAUUGCGCAGGAGAAGAACUUCCACGUCUUCUACGCGCUGCUCGCCGGCCUCCCUCCACACCAGCUCUCGGCCCUCAACCUCGCAGACGUUGAUCGUUUCAGAAUUCUAUCCAGUGAUGAUCCUGCUGAGCCUGUCUUUACACAUGCCCGCGACAAACACAAAUAUCGUCAACUCUAUCAAAGUAUGGAGACGAUGUUGGCAGACAUCGGCUUCACUGCCACGGAAGUCGACUCCCUCUUGAAGGUUCUUAGCGCAAUUCUUCUCAUCUCCAACGUGGAGUUCAGAACUGAUGAUGUGUAUGAUACUGUGGAGAUUGUGAAGGGAUCACCCGGAUGUUGCUUGGAUGAUGCUGCUGACGUGCUAGGAUUACCUCAGGCGGAACUUGAGACCUGUCUUCUACAGACAACCACAGAAGUGAACAGGGAAACAAUAGCAAGAAACAAGGACGAAAGGCAAGCAAGGACUGGACGGGACGCUCUUGCUCGUGAGCUGUACUCAGCGUUGUUCUAUGGCGCCAUCGACAAGAUCAACGCACGGCUGAGAGGACAGGCGGUGACGUCACCAACCAGACAUCGGAGUAUUUGCCUGCUCGACAUCUCGGGGUUUGAAAAUGGCGUGGGCCACAAUGGAUUUGAACAGUUCGUCAUCAACUCAACCAACGAGAAGCUACACCAGUAUUUUCUGCAGCACACCUUUGAAGAGGAAAGACGAGAGUAUGAGAGAGAAGGGCUUUCAUCUGUAGACAUCGAUUACGUCGACAACGCUCACGUCGUCAAUCUUAUCUUCAAAAAACCCAACGGUUUGAUCCCUCUACUGGAGGACCAGAGCACACUAAGCGGCACCAGCGCCAUCUGGUUGGACAAGUGCCGUUGUAACAACUCGGCCAUCUUUAAUACUGACCUCAGACUGCGGGGUGGCAGUCGCCUUCUAUUUGAAAUUAAGCACUACGCAGGCCAGGUUGUGUAUAGUGCCGAGCACUUUGUGCAGAAGAACACCGAGACCCUGCCUGGCAACCUGCGGAAGGCUGUCCAGCGGAGUGACAACCCCUUCAUCCGGGACUACUUUUCAAUCGGAAGUGACGCAUUACCAGCUCGGAAUGGAUUUCUGCCUGCACAUCAUGAUUCCAAAGACCGAGUAGGAAAGCUGUCAGGAUGCUUCACAGAUCAGUUUAAGACUUCUUUGUCUCGGAUGAUGAGCAGGCUGAGCUCAACUACUCCGAUCUUCAUCAGGUGCAUCAAACCCAAUCAGUCGCUGACUGCAGGUCACUUUGACCGUGACCUGGUGCGCGUGCAGUUACGCCACAGCGGAUUGGUAGAGGUUGCCAUGGUGAGAAAGUACGGUUACCCAAUCAGGAUCAAGUUCUCAGACUUUGUAGAAAGGUACGGGGUUACCUGUGACAAGGUAAAAGCCGGUGGUGAGGACAGUCUACCUGAAUGGGAGUCCUGCCAGAACAUUCUGCAGGCAGCAGGUGUCGACGGGUACCAACUAGGCCGCACCAAGGUAUUCCUGAAAUUACAGCACAGAGACAAACUCGAAGAUAUCUUGAAAAAAAAGGAGAUGGAGUCAAAAGAUGGGGAAGACUCAAGUGCGAAGAACACGAUCCCUCCUGACGAGCUGUCCUUGCGGUCAUCGUCAGGAUUUUCCUCAGCCACGUCGAAGGAAACCCUUCAGGAGGCCUCCACUGCCCCUGCGGAGGAUGGCAGCAGUGGACCCCCGGGUGAGACAAACAACGAAGGGGGAGAAGCGCCUGAGACAAUGGGCAAGCAGCCGGCUUACGACAUAUUCCGCCUCACGGAGCGAGACUACGAAAACUCGAAGGAGUUCGAGAUGAAAGUUCGACGAAUCGUUCGAUUUAUUCUUUACAUUCUCCUGGCUCUUAUCCUCCUGGCGGCUGGUCUCACUGCUAGACUUGCCUUAAUAUGGCUGGCUACCCCGCUACUUAAUGCGCAGGACAAACUUGAAAUAAAGAUUGUCAUGGGAGGCAAUCCGAAAGAAACAGAGAUGCUGAAGUUCCUGAAUGGUCUGGGGCCAGCUAGACUACUUGCCUGCCAGCUGCUGCCCCUGUUGCUGGGUUGGAUCGCCUGCUGCUUCAGGGUGAUCUUCGGUCGGAAGGACUGGCCCACCUUCAAGGCGCUCAUCGUGGUUUUUAUCAUCGACUGCAUGGGUACAGUCGGCCGCAGCGUGUUUCUCUUCAAAGUUUUACCCACCGUCAACAUCCUGACAGCAGUUUGUUUGGGAACAGCAGUCUGUCAGGUGCCCGCCAUUCUCAAGCUUGCAUCACUGUUUUUACGACGUGGAGGCGUCUGCGCGCUCAGCUUCCUGGGUCUGGGGCGCAAGUCCAGGCGGUUAGCGAGGGUCCGCCAUGUCCUGUACGUCAUCGCCUUGGUCCUGGCGGUCGUCGUGCAGCUGGGCACCAUCCCUCUUCUCUACUACGGCGACGCCAUCAUCACCCUGUUCAACCCUCCGCGCACCCGCUACCCCUGCCCGAGCUCUGGACCGUUCUGGUGGUGA